CUCCGUGCCACAGCUGACAGUACUGUUACUUCCACUGUCAUAUUUUUGUGUUUGCAAAAAUUAGUUUCUUUGUGAGACCAUCCCUCAUGUUGGUUCAGCCGGUUUGCCAUGUUCAUGUAGCGUAAGAUGUUCACCCAGACGUGUCCAGUGCUGACUGAAUGCAGAGAAAAGCACGCUAGAAAGCAGGCAUUACUUAUAGGGAGCGAUCGUACACAGUCUCAACAGGUCCAUUUUGUACCCGGUAAAACAGUGGAGGGUGAGUCAGAUUUACCGCUAGAAGAGCUGCCCUUACGGGGCGAGCAAGGAUUUCAGGUAAGUUCCAUGCCAGGAAGUCAGACAGGAGGCACUGCUGAAAUGGUGAGCCAGAAGUUACGAAUAUCCCAGUCAGCAAUCAUAGGAAUGCUUCGAACCGUCCGGGAACCAAUCGUGGACUACCAAGAAAAUAGGGGACUUUCUAGAACUGAACAAAUCUCCUUCGUGACGCUCAUAACCUCACUAUGCACGCACGCGUACACCGCGGCCAUCACUAUUCUAGUGAUGCUAUGGAACCUGGCGCCCCUAUUGGACGGAUUCGUUUACUUCGCUAGGUUUAUGUUGGAUAGACUGAUAGACAUUUUCGAAACCGAAGACCCAAAAGACAAAAUUGUGAAGAGUAUCGUAUUUCUGGCUGAGAUCGUAAUAGUGAUGUUCAUCAUAUUCCUGAUAAUGGGCCUCAUUUUCAUGCCCGUGUACGUUUUGACAGCAAGAAUCAUUGGGAAGGUUUGGGGGAUGGUCGCUUGGUGACAAGGCACUUAUGUAUAGUUUGUUUUAUAAUGUCUAGGAAAUAUAUGUAUAUACAAUGAAA